UUUGCCGGAAAAUGUUUUCAUAAUUGUCAGGCCAAGAUAUAAAGUAGUCUAAUUGCUUUUGAAAAAAAAGUAAAUUAAUAUCAUUUAAGCCAACAGCUAGUUCUCUUAGUGAGACUUUCUCCGUUUUUGGCUGUUUUAUGCAACGUGCCUCUGACGUACAAACAGUACUGAGAAAUGUAUGGAUAGAUGACGAAGACAAAACAGCAGUUACGACAACAGCAUGCAUUGUAGUCCUCUCGAUAUUUAUAGAUGUGUAAAGCCAGCUGUCCUUAAGGAUGAGAAUCUUGCUAUCAGCAACCAGCAUACCAUAGAAAAGAAAUGGAUUUAAAAAGAAGAGAGAAAAAAGAUAAUCUAUCACCAGAAUGUUAUAUGGAAGAAAUAGCUUUUCAGUUAGGAUGAUUUAGAUUCACAAAAAAAACAAAUACUCUUCGUUGUCAGCCAAAUAUAAUUGAAUGUGAAGCCAGUGACAAACCUGUUCACAUAAUGGCUAGCAAUACACAAGUGUGUACUGAUACAUCAGAAAAAAUAGAGCUGUUUCCACCCCAGAAUUUGUACCUUAAGCCACUUGCAAAACUAAAUGUGUGUGUCCAACUUCCUCAGUUGAAGCAGCCAGGCAAGUCUAUCUCUAACUGGGAGGUUAUGGAGCGUGUCAAACAUAUGGCAAGACCACAUUCUUUCUUAACAUUGAAGAUUAUCAAAAGUACUCUUGAGUUUAUCCGACUGGAAGGAGAAACGGAAACCAAAGCAUUGGUUAAAACACUUAUACAGAGACUUGAUGCAAAGACUAUCAAGCUGAGUGGUUUUCCUGAUAUUUUAAAGGUCAAAGCAGCGGAGGCUAAGGUCAGUUUUCCAUUACGUCAUGACUGGGACUCAUACUUUAGAGAUGCCAAAAAUAUGAACGAAAUGAAAUCAGGUGAAAGACCAGAUACUAUUCACUUCAAAGAUCUACCAACCCGUUGGUUCACUUCCCAUAGGAGUCGAGAAAAUGACAAACCAAGUGAACAAAUGUUAAAGCGUAUCUGGGAAGGGUUUGGUGAGGUCAGGUGUGUUGACAUCCCAAUGCUUGACCCAUACCGGAAGGAAAUGACCACUUCCACAAAAUCUGGUGCCAUCCAAACAUUUACAUAUGGACAAGAUUUGACAUUUGAGGCAUUUGUGCAAUUCAAGGAAUACAUUGGCUUUGUUAAAGCGAUGGACAGUCUUCGUGGAAUGAAGUUACUCCAUAUUGCUGAAGAUGACAAAGCCUAUACAGCCAAUAUCAAAGUGGAUUUUGAUAAAACAAAGCAUCUCUCUGACAAAGCAAUAAAGAAGCGCCGCAUAGAAAGAUGGAAGCUGGAGCAGUUGGAAAAGGAAAGAGAAGAAAAAGUACGAAAAGAACGAGAGGAAGAAGAGAGAAAACAGGAAGAAGAACGGAGAAAAAAGAGGGAAGAAGAGGAGGACAAGGAAAGAAAACGCUUGGAAAAAGUACAGAAAAAGGAAGACAGAAGAAAAAGUAGAGAAGAAAAGCGUAAACUCAAAGCCUUACAGAAGAGGAAGAGGGAGGAAGAAAAGAAAUUACAACUAAAGAUUGCUUUAGAGGAGAGAAAAUUUCUAAUAGCACAGAGAAAACUUGAAUCGAUACGUCUCAUGUCAGAGCUCUUCAAUGCUGUUAAGAAAAUCAAGGUGAGAGAGGAUCUUGAGAAACAUGAGAGGGAAGCAGAAGAAAUGAGAAAAAAAGAAAUAGAACUUGAACAGAUACACAAAGAACAAGAAAUGAAGAGAAAAUUAGAAGCACGAAAGAGGAAGAAAGAUCGUUUGGAAAGACAAGAACAUGAACUUCGAAACAAAAUUCUUAAAAACUGGAAAGUCAAAGAAGAAAAGGAGGAAGAAUUACAAAGGGAAUCUUUGCGCAAAAAAAUGGCUGGCCGUGGAAAACUGAAAAGUGCUGUAGUGGUGAAAAAAUAACAGGAGUGAAAAGUGUUAGAGUGGAGAGGCAACUGUUAGGUGUGGUAGAGGACAAGCAAUGUGUAUAUAUGUGGAUGUGAGGUGUAUCAGACCAAUACUUGUAUUCUUACCUAGAGUUUAUUGUAUGUUUUAAAUGACAGCAUUUCACUCGUUUUCAGGUUUCUUUAGUACAGUUGCUGUGCAUCCUACUUUCAUAAUGUCUCUCAACUGAUACAAAAUUGUCAUGUCCAGAUAGAUGUAUGCAAAGAGCAAUGGUCAAUGUUGAACAUAUCCUUAUAUCACUGUGAAAAUUUAUUUGUGGAAAUUGAAUGAACAUGUUGUUUACAUCCCAGUUAUGUAUUGGUGCUGUUUUAGUACUCAAAUUUCGUUUUUUCUGAAUGUGCUGUUUGACCAAUAAAAUUCUUCAUGAAAGCCCUCUCAAAGAUAGUCUCGAUAACAGUACAGGUUCCAAAACAAGGCAGUCACAUUUUCAAUAAUAGCAGAAGUUAUUUGCAUUGACAAAUGUAAUGGGGACAAUAAAUACUGCACAGUUUAAACUUUUAUUUGAUAUGCCUGUUCAAAAUAUUUGUAAUUAAUUCCACUGUCCCAGCUUUGCCUUUGGGAAACUCUCUUAAAAUAGAGACCUAUAGCUAGGUUAAGCUAAAGCCAUGAUAAUCUGUAAGAAGUGUUGAGAAUGUUAUUUCUGUCAAAAUCAUUUCCCUCAGUUUCAUAUGUUUUUGAUGAAUGAAUUUAUAUGUGUAUUAUGUUUUGAAUUUUCAUGCUGCAAAAAUGUGAUCUAUUGCCAAGGUUGGGGUUCCGUGGUCAUUGUGAUAAGAUAUUACAUCUUGCACGGGAACACACUUACACACCAUUCAAUAUUAGCACAUUCCUAGCUAUAGCAUUGUUCUAUUUCUUAAUUCUCACAUUAUUUGUCAUCAUUCUGGAAGUCAAUUACUGAUGGAUUUUGAAAUGUCUGAGAGGUAUUCUUUUUCUAGAAUAUACAUGUACCUUGUACAAAUUAGAAGUUUGAAUAAUGAUGUAAUCAGUCAAAAGCCUAAGUCAUUGAUUGUUACCGAAAUUUAAAUUUCAUUAUCACUUUUUUAGCCCACCAUCAUCAGAUAGUUAGCUAUUAAAGUCCCUCUGCAUAUGUGGUCCGUCCGUCCGUAGACAAUUCUUGUAAUCACUAUUUCUUGAGAAGUACUUGAAGGAUCUUUGUCAAACUGCAUAUAUAGGUUCCUCUCGGUCCCUAGUUGUGCCUGUUUGAUUAUGGGACUGAUCAAAAAACAAAAUGGCCGACAGGAUGCCAUCUUGGAUUUUGUCAAUGAAGUUUGUUAUCUCUGUUUCUUGAAAAGGGAGAGAGAUUCAUCUCUCUCAAACUUCAUAUGUAGGUUCUCCUUGGUCUGUAGUUGUGCUUCUGUAAUUUUGGAACUGAUCAGAAAAACAAAAUGGCCAAAAGAAGGCCAUCUUGGAUUUUGACUUUGAAA